AUGGCCCCCUUCAUCGACCAAACCAAAGCCCCCAGCAUCUCCGUAACAGACCUCUCCUACACCUUCCAGGAUCGCACAACUGGCCUCUACAAUAUCCACCUCUCUCUCCCCCCACGCUCCCGCACCCUCCUGAUAGGCGCGAAUGGCGCCGGCAAGACCACCCUCCUCCGCCUCCUCUCUGGCAAGCGUCUCGCGCCCUCCAACACGAUCUCCGUCGGCGGCCUGGACCCCUUCAAAGAUGGCCUCGAAGGCGUAACAUACCUCGGCCUAGAAUGGGUGCUGAACCCUAUCGUGCGGACUGAUAUCGGGGUGCGGGAGCUGCUGAAAUCCGUCGGGGGAGAAUUCUACGUCGAGCGGAAAGAGGAGCUGGUGCAGGUGCUGGAUAUCGAUCUGGAUUGGCGCAUGCAUGCUGUUUCGGAUGGCGAGCGGAGACGCGUGCAGCUUGCUAUGGGGCUUAUACGGCCGUGGAGGAUUCUGUUGCUGGACGAGAUCACGGUUGAUUUGGAUCUUUUGAGCAGGUCUAAUUUUCUGGCGUUCUUGAAGAAGGAGACGGAGACGAGGGAGUGUACCAUUGUCUAUGCGACGCAUAUUUUGGAUAAUUUGGCCGAUUGGCCCAGUCAUCUUGUGCAUAUGGGCUUGGGGAAGGUGAAGCAGUGGGGGAAGGUUGAAGAGCUGCAGUUGGAGGGUGAUAGUAAGACUGGCAAUUCAAAACUGGGUGAAUUGGUGUUGGGCUGGUUGAAAGAGGAUUUGGAGGAACGCGGGCCGAGGAAUAGGACGGAAGGGAGUGAGGGCAAGGCGUAUACUAGUCCUGGUGUUGGUGGGUAUGGGUUGGAGAAGAGAACCUUUUGA